UCAGACUCUAUUUAUAUGAAGAUGGAUGGUUUGUGGUGGUGGUGGGUUGGGUUGGUUUGGAUAUUGUUUCACAUCCAUGUUAAUGGAUCCUUUGGUUGCUUGGAGUCAGAGAGGAUGGCUCUCUUGCAAAUCAAAGCUUCCAUCAACUAUCCAAAUGGAACUUCUCUGCCAUCUUGGGAAGACAUGGGUGAUUCAGUGACUGACUGUUGUGACUGGGAACGAGUUGAGUGCAACGCCACCACAAGGCGUGUCACUAAACUCUCUCUCAACUUUACAAGGGAUCAUAGCUUGGAUGAAUGGUACUUCCAGAAAAAUGAAAAGAAAAGCCUAGAGAAAUGGGGUUUCAAUGCCUCCUUUUUUCUUCCCUUCAUAGAGCUCAGUGUUCUUGACUUGAGUGGUAAUGGGCUUAUUGGUUGGAUCCCAAAUCAAGGCUUUGAAAGACUAAUUGGGUUGAACAAGCUGAAGGCCCUUAUCUUGGAUUAUAAUUUUUACAAUUACAGCAUCCUACCAUCACUUAGAGUGCUUUCAUCACUUAAGACACUAAGUAUAAAGCACAACAAAUUGGAUGGAUCAAUUGAUAUUCAAGACUUUUGUGAUAUGAGCAACUUGGAGGCCCUUGAUUUGAGUUAUAACUGGAUUGACAGCCUCGUGAUUGCAGGAGGUACGAAUUGCUUAAGCAGGCUGCGAGUUCUUGCCUUGAAAUGUCAACACUGUGAUGCAAUUCGUUUCCAGUACUCAAAUCUAAGUUCAAGCAUUUUACAGUCCCUGGGAGCAUUACCAUCUCUUAAGGCUUUGAGUGUUAGUGUGAAGGGACUGAUUACAGUAAAAGAUUUGGAAGCCUUGAUCAGAUUGGAGCACUUGGAUUUAGAUUUCUCGUCCAUCAAAGGGAACUUUCUUCAGGAUGUUGGAGUGAUGACUUCUCUAAGGUUCUUAUCAUUGCGAAGUUCUGGAUUAGGUGGCAACCUACCAACUCAAGGCUGGUGCAACCUUAAAAACCUCCACGUGCUAGAUCUCAGUGAAAAUGAAUUAGUGGGGAUACUUCCAUCAUGUUUGGGAAACUUGACAUCUCUCCGACAAUUGGAUCUCUCUUUGAACCAUUUCAAUGGAAAUAUUGCCCACACUCCUCUUACUAGUCUCAUGGCACUUGAAUACAUUUCCCUUUCAUAUAACCAAUUCACGGUUCAAUUCUCGUUUGCCUCAUUUUUCAACCAUUCAAAGCUCAAGGUCAUUCUAAGUGAUAGCAACAUUCUGAGUGUUGAAAAUAAGUUCCAAUCAUGGAUUCCAAGGUUCCAACUGGAGGCUUUCAGCUGUUCAAAUUGUACCAUUAACAGACUUCCCAGAUUCCUAUAUCACCAAACUGGUUUAAGAGUGGUUGAUCUCUCCUACAACCAGCUGGUGGGUAAGUUACCAAUCUGGUUGUUAGAGAACAAUACGAGACUGGAAGGAUUCAUCCUACAAAAUAACUAUUUCACAGGCCCUCUUGAAUUAGUUUGUUCUCCUCAACCUCAAGUUUCCUCAGUAAAUCUUGCUAACAAUCGCUUAAGUGGUGAACUCCCUACAAAUUUGAAUGUAAUAUUUCCAAAUUUGUUAUAUUUGAACCUGUCCGGAAAUAUGUUUCAAGGUAAUAUUCCUUCUUCUUUAGGUGAUCUUAGCCCUUUAUUGAACCUAGAUUUAUCCAAAAACAACCUCUCAGGGAAAAUACCAGAACAUCUGGCAAUGGGUAUCUCCUCCUUAAGUUUCCUCAGAUUAUCAAAUAAUCGUUUGUACGGUCAAAUUUUCCCAAAAUCCUUUAACCUGACCAAGUUGACAUGGUUAUAUUUGGACAACAAUCAAUUUGACGGAAAGAUCCCAGAUAGCUUGUCUAAUACCAAUUUGUGGGCGAUGGAUAUUAGUAAUAACAAUUUGUCGGGCAUGCUUCCACAGUGGAUGGGGAAUAUGUUAGAUUUAAAGGAAUUUGAUGUGUCUGGAAAUCAGCUUGAAGGUCCCAUUCCCAUUGAGUUUUGUGAACUCAAUAAACUCGAGUUUCUAGAUCUUUCAGAUAACAAUCUGUCUGGCUCCGUUCCUUCUUGUUUUAGUCCCUCAUCCAUAAGAUACGCCCAUCUAAAUAAAAAUGGACUGAGUGGUCCCUGGACUCGUGCAUUCGACAGAAGCACUUCUUUGGUAACAUUAGACCUUGGAGAUAACAGCUUAACUGACAGCAUUCCAGGUUGGAUUGGCACUCUUUCAGCACUAAGCAUUCUAAUAUUGAAGGCUAAUCAUUUUAAAGGUGUCGUUCCCUUGCAGUUAUGCCACUUGAACCAAAUAAGCCUGAUUGAUCUUUCUCAUAACAAUCUUUCUGGUCCUAUACCACAUUGCCUGAUUAACAUUACUUUUAAAGCAAGUGAGAGUAAAUCUUUCUCGGGAACCGAUUAUGUGGGUAACCUUGAUUUGAGGGCACUACAGACGUCCCUCAAUGGUAUGUCUUAUUUGGGAAUGCUAGAGCUCAACUUCCAUUAUGCAUUCAAUCGACAAUCUGGCCUUUUUACUGUCAAAGAAGAGGUGGAAUUCACAACAAAGUCUAGGUCCUAUUCAUAUGAGGGCACUGUGCUUAAAUUGAUGUCUGGAAUUGAUUUCUCUUGCAACCAAUUGACAGGUGAAAUCCCAUUGGAACUUGGGAAUUUAACUGAGAUCCAUACACUAAACUUGUCCCAUAACAAUCUGAUAGGAUCAGUCCCAACAACAUUCUCCAACCUCAGAAACUUGGAGAGUAUAGAUCUUUCCUACAACAACUUGAACGGCAGUAUCCCCUCUGAAUUAACUGACUUGAACUUUCUAGUGGAUUUCAAUGUGUCACACAACAACUUAUCUGGUAAAAUACCAGACAUGAAAGCUCAGUUUGCAACCUUCAAUGAGAGCAGCUAUGAGGGAAAUUUCUAUCUUUGCGGACCUCCAUUACCUAACAAUUGCAGUGACAUGGGUUCACCAUCACCAAUUCAAAAUUCUUUGGAGGAUGAGGAGAAAGAUGAUGGUUUGAUUGACAUGGAUUUUUUUUGUGUGACUUUUUCAGUGUCCUAUAUAACUGUGUUGUUAGGGAUUGCAGCUGUUUUGGGUAUUAAUCCUUAUUGGCGAAGGGUAUGGUUCAACUUCAUUGAAAUGUGCAUGACAUCUUCCUACCAUUUUGUUGUUGACAGCUUUCAUAAGCUGCUCAAUUGUUAGGAAUGUGUAACUCUUCUUGAUUAGAUAAUUGUGUCUAGGUAUAUGUACAUUUCUUGUUUUUCAAUCCAAGUCAAUUAAUUUGUUUGUGUACCCAACCCAUAUUGGCAUUAUUUCCUCUGCCAACUUGUAUAUGAUUUAAAUUUUCAGCAAA